AAUAUCUCAGAUAGAUCAUUUUGAUAUCAUCUAUUAUGUUAUCGUCUGCUAUAGUUAUCUUUAAUAAACACAUACUAAUACACAUUUAUAGGAGCCACACUGAAUGAUUAGACACAAUUCUAUACAAUUGUUAGUGAUUAUCAAAUUGUGAUAUUACGGAUAAUACCAUAUUAUUUUAAAGUAGAGAGAUAAAUACAUAUUCUAAGAUAUUUGUAAUAUCAUGGCGAAAAGGAUUGUAAUAUUCGGAGCUACGGGAAAUACCGGACUCUGUGUUUUAAACCAUGCCGUAGAAAAGGGUAUGGAUGUAAGAGUUCUUGUAAGAGACAAAACCAAGAUACCGGAAAACAUUAAAGACAAGGUGGACACAAUUGUUGGGGAUGUCACCAACGACACAGAUGUUUCAAAAGCUGUAGCUGGUAGAGAUGCUGUUGUUGUUGCACUUGGCACUAGAAAUGAUCUUAAACCAACUACCAUGCUAUCGGAAGGUAUGAAAAAUAUAUUAGACGCUAUGAAGAUGCAUAACGUUGAAUUGGUUUCCGUAUGUUUGUCAGCAUUUUUAUUCUAUAAGCCUGAUGCUGUACCAGCUAUAUUCAAAGAUUUGAACGCAGAUCAUCAACGUAUGUUUGAUCUUCUGAAAGAAAGUGGAUUAAAAUGGAUUGCUAUAUUACCACCACAUAUUUCUAGUUCAAAUAAUUUAGAAUAUGUUAUAAAACACGAUGAAUCACCAGGUCGUGCCAUUUCAAAAUACGCUUUGGGUGCAUUUCUUGUAGAUUGCCUUGAACAAUCAGAUCAUUAUCAAAAAAUAUGUGGUAUUGCAACUAGCUCAUAAUUAUGAAUUAUGGUCUUGUAGAUAAAUAUAUGCACAAUAUAUUGUUAGUAUUGUAA